AUGUCCCAAGACCAGAAGUCACUCAUCAACUCAAAUUCUCAAGGAACUAGCGUACGCUUGGAUCGGCUCGAGGAGGUAUUAAUGCGCCUGAAAGCCCAGCUCGCUGCAGUUACCACUAAGGGUCCGCGGCGAACACCAAACCGUCGCCCUACUUCCUCCGUUUCCCACACCCGCCGUCCACAAUCUCCAAGUAGCGUCUGCUGGUAUCACCAACAAUUUGGAGGAGCAGCUCGCCGAUGUCUUCAGCCAUGCUCUUUCAAGGCAUCUCUAACGGCCUCCGGCAGACGAUCCCAUCUGACAGUAUAGUCCACUGCUGCUGGAAGCGUUGCCAAUCUCCACACUCGCCGUUUGUUCCUCUGGGACCGUAUCGCUGGCGCCAAAUUCCUUGUCGACUCUGGUGCCGAGGUUAGCGUGGUUCCACCAACUCCGACCGAACGUAAAACCCGCAGCUCUUUUUGUCUAACAGCUGCCAACAACUCCAGCAUCUCCACAUUUGGGCAGCGUUCCAUCACACUUGAUUUGGGCCUUAGUCGAAUUUUCCGAUGGGUUUUCAUUAUUGCCGACGUUUCCGUCGCCCUCAUAGGCGCCGAUUUCCUAGCUCACUUCAAUCUUCUAGUUGAUUUGAAGAAUCGCCGACUCGUUGACUGCAUCACCGACCUUCAUGCCCGUUGUCAAUCCGAUGUGAACCCCUGCGUCAACCCUCUCACUGUUAUGCCCAUCUCUGACUGUCCUUUCCACUCACUCCUCAGGCAGUUUCCCCGCCUGACCAACCCGUCAUUUCGUGAAUUGGACAUCAAACACACAGUCACUCACCACAUUUCCACCAAUGGACCUCCCAAAUCUUGCCGACCACGUCGUCUUGCUUCGGACCGUUUGAAGAUUGCCAAGGCAGAGUUCGAACACAUGCUCGAGCUCGGCAUCAUCCGACAGUCCGACAGCUGCUGGGCAUCACCCCUCCACCUUGUCCCCAAGAAGAAUGGCGACUGGCGACCGUGUGGUGACUAUCGGGCGUUGAACUCUGUGACUGUCCCCGAUCAGUAUCCCGUCCAGCACAUCCAAGACUUCACCCUUUCGCUACAUGGUAAGCGAAUAUUCUCUAAGAUCGACCUUGUGCGUGCCUACCACCAAAUCCCGAUCGAGGCCAGUGAUGUUCCGAAAACUGCAGUGACCACUCCCUUUGGGUUAUUCGAAUUCACUCGUAUGCCCUUUGGUCUGAGGAACGCCACUCAAACCUUUCAGCGAUUCAGCUUUGAUGGGACCCCGACGGGUCUUUAAUAAAAAUUAUCUAUCUAUCUAUCAUUGAUCAGGUUCUGCGAGGUCUCGACUUCGUCUACGCCUACAUUGAUGAUUUUCUAGUGGCUAGUUCUGACGCUGCUGAACACGAGAUUCAUCUUCGACAGCUCUUCGAACGGCUCGACUCCUACGGCGUUAUCAUCAAUGCCGCCAAAUGUGAUUUUGGAGUCCCCAGUCUUAUCUUUCUGGGUCACGAAGUGAACUCAGAUGGGAUAAAGCCCGUCCCGGAAAAAGUUUCGGCCAUAUCAACGUUCCCCGUUUCGACAACCAUCAGCCAACUACGCCGAUUCUUGGGGAUGGUGAACUACUAUCACCGUUUUCUUCCCCAUGGUGCCACCAUACUGCAGCCUCUCAACAGCUUGCUGACCCACUCCAAGAAGACACUAGUGAUGACUGAGGAGGCCGUCAGGUCCUUCAAUGACGUCAAGGCCGCAUUUGCGGACGCAACAUUGCUUGCCCAUCCUCGCUCAGGUGCCCAACUAACUCUCAUGACAGAUGCUUCCAGCACUGCCGUUGGUGCGUCACUUCAGCAAACUGUUAGUGGUGUUCUACAGCCUUUGGCUUUCUUCUCGAAGAAGCUCAGCCCAGCAGAGACCCGCUACAGUGUCUUCGGCCGCGAACUCCUUGCCGUCUAUCUAUCCAUCCGGCACUUCCGCCAUUUCCUCGAGGGUCGUGAAUUUGUUGUUCUCACAGAUCACAAGCCACUCCUUUUUGCACUGAGGGCCUCUCCCGAUCGAUACUCGCCCCGUGAAAUCCGUCAUCUUGACUUCAUCUCACAGUUUUCCUGCGACAUCCAACAUGUCCAUCGUAAGGAAAAUGUGGUUGCUGAUGCUCUUUCAAGAAUCGAGAUGGCUUCCAUCACAACAGACGCCAUAGACUUCACACUCAUGGCUGAGGCUGAGCGAUCGGAUGACGAGCUCUCCCAAUACCGCCACGAGAACUCUUCUUUACACCUUCAAGAUGUCCCCCUUCCCACUGGCACUGGCACCAUCACGUGCGACCUUUCUACCGGACACGAACGUCCUUUUGUUCCAGCAACUUUACGACGACGAGUGUUCAACGCUCUUCACAAUCUAUCCCACCCUGGAGUCCGGGCGACAGCGAAACUCAUCACUGACCGAUUCGUCUGGCCCAACAUCAAUCGGGAUGUACGGCGUUGGACCCGAUCUCGUCUAUCAUGUCAGCGAGCCAAGACGCAUCGGCAUACUAUUACUCCGCCAGGUACUUUCGCCACUCCUGAUGCACGCUUCAGUCAUGUACACAUUGACCUGGUAGGUCCGCUGCCACCAUCUAACGGUUCUACCUAUAUGCUGACAUGCAUUGAUCGUUUUACUCAGUGGCCGGUUGCUGUGCCUAUUCCGGACAUCAGUGCCGAAACCGUAGAAUAG